UUAAAUGCUUUCAUUUCCAUGAUAAUUUCUGUAUAAUUUUCAAUCAUUGUGUGUUUUGUCCUCAUUGUGAAGUACACCUUUCGUGUUUCUGAACUCGUAAAAAGAACACUUUUGCCCUGUUUUUACUGACCUAGAAAUUUGCACAUUUUAGAUUUCUUGUUAUGAAGGUGAAAGUUAGACAAACAUGGUAAAGAUGUUAGCAGUGGUUUUGCUGUUUCUCAGUGGACUGGGACCAGUUACAACAAUCAGACUGGAUGGAAACGGCUACACCGAUAUUCUGAUCGUCAUCAGCCCCAGUGUGCCAGAGAAUGAAGACAUUAUAAACCAAAUCAAGGAAAUGAUUGUCAGUGGAUCAGAAUUUCUGUUUGAAGCUUUAGACCACAAGCUGUACUUCAAGGAGGUGAAGAUAUUAGUACCACCAAACUGGACUACAGGAAAGUAUGAGCGAGCAACAACAGAAUGCUUUGACAAGGGCAGAAUAAGAAUUGAUAACGCAAAUUCUGCAUUUGGUGAUGAGCCAUACACUCCCCAAGUCACAGGCUGUGGAACUGAGGCUCAAUACAUUCAUUUCACCCCAAAGUAUCUGUUAGACAAAGAUCUGUACAAAAAUGUAUACGGACCUAAAGGAAGAGUUUUUGUGCAUGAAUGGGCUCACCUCAGAUGGGGGGUAUUUGAUGAAUAUAAUAAGAAUGAGCCCUUUUACCUGUCUGCUGGUCAGAAUAAACCAACAAGGUGUAGUGAUAAAAUUUUAGGAGAGACAUUACAAGUUAUUAAUCAAAGUACUCAAUCUUGCUGGUUUCAUAUGACUGGCCUUCCCACAUCCAGCUGUAAAUUCUUUCCAAAUGUAAAGCAAAUUACAAAUGUCUCAAUAAUGUACUCGCCCAGCAUGGAUUCAGUAAGAGCAUUUUGUAACGAAGAGGAACAUAACGCUGAAGCCCCCAAUGAACAGAAUUCAAAGUGUAAAAAGCUCUCAACACGUACAGUGAUCUUUCAGGAAUCCGUAGACAAAGAUGCCCUUCACAAUCUAAAGCCUCUUCCAUGUCCACCGCCAGCUCCAACAUUCAGAGUCCUACAGAGGGGAACUCGGGUCGUCUGCCUCGUGCUUGAUGUCUCAGGAAGCAUGGCGAACGCAAGAAUAAAACAACAACAACAAUCUGCAUCAGUUUUUUUAAACCAUGGCAUACAAGAACAGCAGUUUGUGGCUCUUGUGACUUUUAGCACCAAAGCUAAAGUACUCAGCCCACUGACGUUAAUAGAUGGACAUGCCACAAGAGACAAACUAAUACAUAUGUUGCCAACAAACGCACAAGGAUCAACAAAUAUCUGUGAAGGACUCAGAGAAGGCUUUAAGGUUCUUUGAAAGGAUGAUGAUAAAACAAUCGGAGAUGAAAUAAUAUUUCUCACAGAUGGAGAAGCAACUGAUAAUAUUCAAGAGUGUUUACAGGAAGCUGUUCAAAGUGGCUCAAUCAUUCACACCAUAUCAUUUGGCCCAAAAGCAGACAGUGUACUGAAGAUCAUGGCAGAUCAAACAGGUGAGAUUUCACGUAGAAACACCUCCGACAUUGCCAACACCAUUACUCUUACUGUUCCAGGAACUGCAGAGCCAGGUGAUUGGAAGUACAUGUUCCUCAGUGAAGGCACAGCUGCUCAGGCAAUUAGUUUAAUAGUAAUUAGUCAAGCAGCUCAUGAAGAUGUUUAUCCAGUCACAGUUACAGUCAGAAUGAUCCAGGAGACCAGUGAUGACACCAAACCUUUGCUGGUGUUGGCUGAGGUCGCUCAGAAUUAUAACCCUGUGCUGGGGGCCAGCGUUUCUGCAACACUUGAGUCAGAUGAAGGACAAUCGGUCAGUCUGCAACUCCUUGAUAACGGCGCAGGAGCUGAUUCUUUCAAAGGUGAUGGCACCUAUUCCAGAUAUUUAACUAAAAUAUUACGUGAAUACAGUCUAAAAGUGAGAGUGGAAUAUCAACACACAGAAGUUCAGUUUCCUCCCUACAGACACAGCGGUGCCCUCUACAUCCCUGGAUAUGUUGAUGAUGGUAACCACUGCCUUCUAUUAUCACUCAGUCAGAACUGA